AUGCUCCUAGAAAACCCUCAUCUGACCAUGGGCCUGACUUCACGUCGCAAGAACACCAAGCAUCGCGUCGACAAUCAAUUGACGACGGUCUCACAGACGAAUACGGAGCUCCAUCAUUAGCAGCUUUGUGGACCUUAGCAAACAAUGCAGACGAAGAGCAUCUGGCCCUCGGGCAGCUGCGCCUGCGGGAGAUACGACAAAGAGGGCAGGAAGAAGAGCAAUAUCGGCAAUUAUGUAGAGAGGAGGCUGCGAGAGAAAGAAGGAGAAUCCCUCAUGCGCGGAACACUAUUUUUCGACCCCACCAUUCGAACCAUUCCUGCGCAGUACACUAUGAGGAAAUUGAAAGCUGGAAAUUAUUGUAAACUCCAUUAUCUCACCACAGAGACCUCGAGGAAUAACCUAGUAGCAGAGCCAGACACUAUGGUCAUGCUCCCAGCCUCAGAUGGGCUGCACUCGUGGAUUCCCAUAGCCGUAGUAAGGGCAACCCAGGUGAGUCUGCCUCAGGCCCUCGUCACAAGUUCUCACUCACUGGUCACCGUCCUAUUGGCAAACUUAUAUCCGCUUAGAACUGCCUGCUAUUGUCUUGUUUCAUUCUACACUACGUUAAUAUUCUUCAACGUUCAACCAUAUGUGACGUCCUGCAAAACGGCUGGUAAUGCUCCUACAAUGGCAUCGUUUGAUAUUCUGCGUACACUUGUCAUGUGGAGUCGUCGUGCUCGAAUUCAGCUCUGCAACUACCAGGCAUGUCCUACCAAGCGCACAAAUGUUUGGGGCUUCGUUGGCGCUGUGAUCAUCCAUUCCUACGAACAGUCUUGUGCUUGCAUCCCUGAUGUCCUACGUGAUCGCUGAACGGCUUAAUUGGACACCGAUCACCGUAUGCGUUAGAUGCGGUUGGUAUUGAAGAGUAGCUGUCGCAAAACGUUUCGUCCUCCUGUUCUACCUUGCUCGCAUGUUUCUGGUCCUCAAAGCAUCGCUUGCCUGCGAUCGCUUUAUAUCAAGGUUCACCAGAAAUGA